UUACCAGAUCAAUUUAGCAUAUCAACCUGCUCUAAUGUCCUAUCUCAUGACGUAUUACGUAUCUUCGUCUGGAUUAUUGGUAGUUUAUCUAUAGUAGGCAACAUUAUUUCCAUUGUAUGGCAUGUUAAAAGCUUUGUAAAGAAUAAUAUGGUGGUUCAAACAUUGUUAAUAAAUCUGUCCUUUGCUGAUCUCAUUAUGGGAAUUUACUUAAUCACGAUUGCCGUAACUGAUAUUUACUAUUUUGGUAUUUAUGCUCAAUAUCUCGAGACAUGGUUACAUAGUGUUAUAUGCGUUAUGGCUUCAUUUUUAGUAGCGAUCUCUAGCCUAAUGUCAACAUUUAUCCUUUUCCUCAUCACUUUGGAUCGAUAUCUAUUUCUAGUCUAUCCUUUUGAGAACUAUCGCCUUUCUUAUAAGCUAAUUACUCUCGUUUUAAUCGUGUUAUGGACCGUAUCAGCUACGUUUACCGCUUUGCCACUUGUUUAUAGCUAUAAUCAGCCUGCAUCUUAUAGAUUGUAUGGUACGAACAGCGCUUGCUUACCU